AUGUCCCGGGACAGCACGGGUCGCCGGGCGGAGGAGCGGGGCCGCGGCCGCGAUGCGCACCGGGACCGGUCCCGCUCCCGCUCGCGGUCGCCGCUGUCGCCGGGGUCCCGCCGCAGCUCUGCGGCCGAGCGCAGGGAGACCCUGGAUCGGCUGUGCCUGGACGACGAUGACCCAUCGGACGACGAGAUGUUGGACCCCGCCAGCCUGGAGGAGGAGACCGAUCACGGCCUGUGCCGCCAGAUCCGCCAUCAGUACCGGGAGCUCAUCAACUCCGUCCAACAAAACCGUGAGGACAUACUGAAUGCUGGGGACAAAUUAACAGAGGUCCUUGAGGAAGCGGAUACUCUGUUUAAUGGAGUGUCCCGAGCCAGGGAAGCCGCCCUCGAUGCCCAGUUUCUUGUUUUGGCUUCUGAUUUGGGAAAAGAGAAAGCAAAGCAAUUGCGCUCUGACCUGAGCUCCUUUGAUAUGUUGAGAUACGUCGAAGUGCUCCUGGCACAUAUGGGCGUCAACCCGCUCGAAGCUAACGCAUUCACUCGGGAGGGAGAAGGUUCUGAUGGUGAAGUGAUAAGCUAUGACUCGUGGAAAAGAGUAGGUCAAACAGCACAAACCGCCUUAAGCAGAACCCCUACAUUCCACUUCCUAUUGGGUUCAAUACAAGGAGAAGCCCCAGUACCAAAGCCACGAGUCGAACGUCCCAGAAAAAACCCCAUGACCGAACAGCAGAGAGCGAUGCCUGCCCAGUUACAAAGAAUGGAAGAGUCUCAUCAGGAAGCAACAGAAAAAGAAGUGGAAAGAAUCCUGGGAUUGUUGCAGACGUACUUCCGAGAAGACCCUGAAACGCCCAUGUCCUUCUUUGACUUCGUGGUCGACCCGCAUUCUUUCCCCCGCACGGUCGAAAACAUCUUUCAUGUCUCCUUCAUCAUCCGGGAUGGCUUUGCAAGAAUAAGACUUGAUCAAGAUCGACUGCCAAUAAUAGAGCCCAUUAAUAUGAAUGAAGAGAAUGAGGCAGUCGACCAUAACACGCAAAUGAGAAAUCAGGGCAUUAUCUCGCUCAGUUACCGGGACUGGCAGGAGAUUGUGAAGACCUUUGAGAUCUCGGAGCCAGUGAUCGCCUCUGGUCUGAGCCAGCGCAGGGCGAGUUCCUGA